CUUGGACUGGGCGGAGUGGAGUUCCAUUCUGAUCAGGAUCUGUUAACUUGGUUGACCAUGCUAAUUUGCUGGGAUUGUUCUGUGAGUUUGGUUACUGCAUUUCUUUUUCUUUGAGCAAGCAAGCUAUCAUACUCUUUGUGGGGUCAGCACUGCAAUUCAUCCAGCCUGCUUCCAAUUUGUUGUGGAUCUGUGAGAUGCGUGCUAGAGAUCAGUUUACUUCCAAUUCCAAAAGAAUUUUGUUGUAAAAAGCAACAAAUUAGAAGCUUUGAACCUUACGAGCUCGGAUUUUGAAUAUGUGACAGAGCUGUGGUUUUAAAUGCUGGAAAUCAGAUCACUUCAGUUUAUAAAUACACAAAUAUGUUAGGGAAUCCUUUGCUAGCUGAGAAAGAAUUGGCGCUUGCAAGUAGAUCUGGUUUGUUCUCAUCAAGCAUGCAAAAGUCUCAUACACCGUCGUGUCCUACUAUCACAUAUGAAGAAGCUCUUAGAAGGGAACUGGAAUAUCGGCGAAGGUUGGAAAGUACUCAUCCACAUCUGUUGGUUGCUCUUAAUGAAGCCCCUGUGCUAUCCAGAGAGAUUUGUACAGAUUCAAAACCUGAUGUGUUGAAGAGAAAGUUAACUCCUGGGAGUAAUAUGCCUUCACCGCAGCCAAGUUUUCAUUUCAACGCUGGAAGAAGCCAGCCAGCAAAUUGGUACCCCCCAAAGAAAAAAGUAAUAGUUCGUCAGCCUGCAUCACAGGCUAUGCAGGCUGUUCAGAUACCCAGAGCAAAUUCUGUACCUUCCUUUUGGUGCAAAAUAUGCAAGGUGGAUUGUGUUACCGAAUUCAAUUUCGGCGCCCAUAUUGGAGGGAAAAAGCACAAACUCAAGAAGCAACUGAUUCUUGGUAAUAGAAACACUGGAAGACCUGGCACUGGCAGUCAGUUUGCGGGUAACACAAACCGUGUACCAAGUGAGAAUGCAGUUUCUGGAAGCAGAAAUGAUGAACCGAAUGUGUGUAGUAGCAGUAUUGCUGAACCAAGCAGCAGUGUGUCCUCUGGAAGCAGACCCAGUGAAGCAAACCCUGAAGCAUGGAACUAGGUAAUCAGCCUCGUUAGGUACUGUGGAAUGCAGGCUCCAAGCAGGUCUCAAGGUCAUGAAAGCUGUGCAAGAGUUUGCAGUUAACAUCAAACAACUAGGCUGUAGGCUGUUAUUGAAUGAUCACACUUGACUUUGAUGAACAUGAAUCUCUCAUUGAGAAAUCCUAUCAGGCUGAAGAGCUUGUGCAUGGGAAGACAUAUUGGGCAAUUGAACAGGUCGAGAUGGCCAAGGAGUCUGCGUCUCUCAUCUUAUCAAGACUCACUGACGUCUGAAAGGUUCUGCAAAAAUUAAAGCAUCAUGAUACAUAUCUUUCUUCAUAGAUACCGUGUUUUAUGCUUGUAACUGUUACAGACUCAAAUGACUGAUUGACUAGAUCUUGAGUUUGAUACUGUCGAUGAAUUUCAUGUGCUGGAAAAGAUGGAUCUUGUCCUCACAUGUGAAACUGUUAGCAUUGUGAAGACAAUCUUCUGUUAUCCAUUCCUGUGCAAUUGUUAUCCGUGUACAUGUGAUGCAGGGGAUUUCAGUGGUCCUGUAUGUCGCUUUAUUCUGAAAUAAAAACCUGGGAGUUCCUUGUUCAA